AUGGGAGCGACACCGACGAUGAAAGCGGUCGUGUACACCAAGUACGGCGGGGCGGAGGUCACGACCCUCGCGACCCUCCCCCGGCCCACCGCCGGGCCCGGGGAAGUCCUCGUCGCCGUCGCCGCGGCCGCGCUGAACCCAGUCGACGUGUACCUGCGCAACGGGCUAAUGGCGCAAAUCACGCCCAACGCGUUCCCGCAGAUCGCGGCCAACGAGCUGGCCGGCACCGUCGUGGCCCUCGGUGCGGGGGUUGCCUCCUUCGCUGUCGGCGACCGCGUCAUGGCGCGCGUGAGCAAGACGCACACGGGGGCCGUGGCGCAGUUCGUGUCCGUGCCCGCGGGGUACGCCGCGCGCGCGCCCGCGUCCAUCAGCCUCGCUGCCGCGUCGGGGUUCCCGCUGUGCGCGUUGACCGCGGCACAGAUGCUCGACAAGCUGUCCGUGUCCGCGGGCGACAGGCUACUCGUUGCUGGCGGCGCGACCGUCGUCGGGCAGUACGGCAUCCAGCUCGCCAAGAUGCGCGGCGCGACCGUCGUCGCGACCGCGAGUCCGGCCGGCGAACCCCUCGUGCGCCGCCUCGGCGUGGACGAGAUCAUCGACUACAAGAGCACCACGCUCACGGGCUGGGCGGCGAGCAACGGCGCGUUCGACAAGCUGUUCGACGCCGCCGGCCCGCGCGACGACGUGUCCGACCUCCUCGGCGCGGCGGCGGACGGCGCACAUAUUGUCACUGUUAGCGGGCCGAACAACCCGGGCAGCUUUGACGCCUACGUGCCGUGGUGGAAGCGGUGGGUCGUGAACGGGGUGCUGUGGUCGCGCUUCCGGGCGACGUGCGCCCUCGCGUCCGCCAGAGGGCUCAGGUACGAGUACAUGUUUAUGAACCCCGACGGGGCGCAGCUGGGCGAGCUGGGGAGGCUCGUGGACGAGGGAAAGCUUGAAGUCCCGUUGUGA